GUGUGCGUGUGUGAUAUGGAAGGGAGAGAGAGAGUUGUGUAAUCUGUCCAUUUUGUAUCGCUCCUUUUCUCCCCUUCAGGCCCCCCGGCUGCCAGACGUCACACCAGUUUAAAACAAGGACAAAAAAAGUUGUCGGGUGAACGAGAAAAAAAAAACUGAAACCCUUCCCUGAUCCGAAUCCAGGGAGGAGUGAGUGAGUGUGACAGAACGAGGGGGACCGAGAGAGAGAGAGCGAGCACGCGAAGGAACCUUCUCUCACAGCCACACAGAAUACACAGCGGUUGUUCUGACUAUCACCGAAAGGAACGGAUAAUAACUCACCCCGGGAAUCAACAAAAACACAUAUACGGUGGUCAGAAAGUCGUUACCGGGGGGAAAUACUUCAGGGCGAGGCCACCGAGAGAAUGCGUCUCAGGUUUCUGUACAGGAUUUAUGCGCUGUGUUGUUUUGUGGCAGUCACAUCCUCUCUGACCAAGGCUGAGAAGAAAAAGGCGACGGGCAGAAGAUCUCGGCAGGUGGACAAUAGUCCGGAGGGGGUGUGGUCUGCCUGGGAGGAGUGGUCAGGAUGUUCUCAGAGUUGUGGAGUGGGCGUGUCACAGAGAACCAGAAAGUGUGAAGCCCCUCCCCGUCCCCUAACCCCACCCCUCUCCCACUCUCCUCCAAUCUGGGGGGGUUCAUCGUUCCUCCCAGGGCGGGCAGGGGGUCCCAACCAUGGCUCUGUCAUCUCCGCCAUCCACCCCUUCUACCCCCCUCAUUACUCUAGCAACCAGCCAUCCCAGUACGGGGGAGGAGGUGGGGGAGGGACAGAGAGACAGCCAGACCCCUUCUAUCCCCCCUCACUCCCAUCAUCCAAUCAGAACCCAGGACUGUCUCUCUAUCGGGACACUCCUAUAGGAGGAGGGGCAGGAGCUGUGCCAGCGCAGUCCUCCAAUCCCACGUCUCCCCUCUAUCGCCCGGAAUUCUCAUCACCCAAUCAGGAGCCAGGUUCUGUUUAUCGCUCCCCCUCAUUUCCUGCCCCCCCAUCCAGCUACAGCCAACCAGCACAGGCCGCCCGCCGGCCAACCAAUCCUGGAACAGGGAGGGCGGGAGGAAGUGGCAGCAGAAGGUCAGUGUUGCCCAAUAGGGGGGCUCUACCUGCUAGUAGGUCCUCUUCUAUCCGUCCGGGUCAGUUUGGUUACGGCAGGGUUCCCUUCUCUCUGCCAUUACACCGGCAAAACCGGCAGGCCCGCCACACUGAGCACGGCAAUGCUACCAUAGCAACCCUGGUACUAGAGACCGAGGGGCAGGAGGGAACUGUUAACAUUGACCAAAUGGACAGAUCUGGAGAAGGAGAAGAGAAGAGGAGGGGAGAGAAGGAGAGAGAGGGAAGCAAGAACCACAAAGGGAAUAGGGGAGAGAGGGAGCAUGAGAGGAGAGAGGAGGAAAGGAAGAGAGAGAGGGAGCAUGAGAGGAGAGAGGAGGAAAGGAAGAGAGAGAGGGAGCAUGAGAGGAGAGAGGAGGAAAGGAAGAGAGAGAGGGAGCAUGAGAGGAGAGAGGAGGAAAGGAAGACAGAGGGGGAGAGUACGGAGUCACCUGUCGCUAAGGCAUUAAUAAUGACAACCAUAGCUAAACCAGAAAGGAAUGGACAGAGGGACACGGACACUCACAGACAGACGGACAGACAGAGACAAGCUGCUGCGGAGCGAGGGAGGGAGCGAGGGAGAGAAAGAGAGAGAGUGCCCUCGACACUCUCUCACUCACACAGGCUCUCUCCCUUCCAGCCCAACCAUGACAGAAUCAUUGAUAGACGCGCCCCUCCUCCCCUCCCCCCUCUGCCUCACCCCUACUCCCCCUCUCUCUCUCACCCCUACUCCCCCCCUCGCCACCACUCCUCUCCCCAGCACAGAGAGAGACAGUCCCCCUAUGGGUUCAACCCUCAGCUCCAAUCCCCUCACCCUGGACCCCCCCAACCCAACAUCUACCCCCUGCAACAUCAGCAGCACCCCCACCCCCUGGCCGAGGGGGAGACAGGGGGACAGAGAUUACCCCCCCAGAACUACAGGUGUUCAGGAGCAGAGAAUGAGUAUCGUCGGUGCUUCUCACAGGUAUGUGUAGGAGGUGCAGACUCCAGAGCAGAGCAGUGCGCUUCCUACAACAACCAGGAGUUUAUGGGCAGACUGUACGACUGGGAACCUUUCACUGAGGUUGGGGUGGAAAAGCAGUGUGAGCUGACGUGUAGGCCGGUUGGAUAUCGCUUCUACGUGAGUCAGGCAGACAGAGUGAGAGAUGGAACACCCUGCAUUAACACCAGCACCAAUGACGUGUGUGUGGCCGGGCGCUGCCUGACUGAGGGCUGUGAUGGGGUGUUGGGGUCUGGCUUGGUGAUUGACAGGUGUGGUCAGUGUGGGGGGCAGGACCUGUCCUGUCAGAAGCUGAGCGGGAGCUUCCAGAACACCAGUGUUCCCCUUGGUUACCACAGAAUUCUGGACAUCCCUCCAGGAGCUACUGCCAUCAACAUCACAGAGAGACACGCCAGCUCCAACUACCUGGCCCUACGUAGUGGUACAGGUGUAUCAGUAGUGAAUGGGCGCUGGGCGGUGGAUCCUCCAGGAGACUACGAGGCAGGGGGGACUACCUUCACCUACACCCGCCCCAGGGCUCUCUCUGAUGGGCAGGAGGACAGAGGAGAGACCCUUAGAGCUCCAGGACCCACCACCACACAACUGACUCUAUAUAUCAUCUUCCAUAGGCAGAAUCCAGGGAUCGACUAUGAAUUCUACAUCCCAACAGAAAAGAAAGUGGAAGAGAGGGAGAGGCCGCGAGAGAGAGAAAGAGAGAGGCCUAGAGAGAGAGAAGUAGAGAGGGAACGACCGAGGGAUGGAGGGAGGGCACCCCUGAGAGACACUAGUUCUCUCAUUGUAACAGUGGAAGACCCUAUCCGUCCUCCCCCCAUCUCCUCUUCCUCCUCCUCCUCUUCUUCCUCAGACAGAUGGACAGCUGAGAGCUCCCGCCCCCGAGGCUCAGUACCCAAUCGGAAUGCUCGAAUCCCACCUCGUACCGACCUGCCCCUCGACACCCAGUCACCCUUCGUAUGGAGGAGGGGCGGGCUCACUGAGUGUACUGCUUCCUGUGGCAAAGGGUCCCAGUACAGGGUGAUCCUGUGUAUUAACCGCCAUACUGACGAGGAAGUCCCAGACAGGAAGUGUGACUCAGCAGUAAGACCCUCCCCUGAGGAGGAGCUCUGCAACACACACCCCUGCCCAGCAUUCUUCGAGGCCAGCUCAUGGUCAGAGUGCAGUGUGUCUUGUGGUAUGGGAGUACAGCAGAGACAGCUUCAGUGCAGACAGAGCUUUGGGAACCGUUCCACCAUGGUUCAACCACAACGCUGCUCCAACCUAACCCCACCUGACCUCACCCAGUCCUGCCAGCUACGACUCUGCUCACACUGGGAGAUAGGCACCGACUGGAGCUCUUGCUCAGUGGACUGUGGCAUGGGGAAGAGAACUCGUAAUGUCCGCUGUGUCAGUGACCAUGGCAGCGUGGUGAAUGACAAGGAGUGUAACGCCAAGCUCCGCCCACAAGGAAGUGAGGACUGUCACAUGGGGCCCUGUGUAACCAACUGGUACUUCACUGGCUGGUCCAACACUUGUUCAGCCCCGUGUGGUCCAGGUGUUCAGAGGAGAGAGGUGUUGUGUCUGACCCGUGGAGGGAGAGAGGGAGGAGAGUGUUUGGGGGACAAACCGGCGGACAUGAAGGCGUGUAACGGGGGUCCGUGUUCUCCCACCUACAUGUGGUACAGUAGCCCCUGGGGUCAGUGUAGUGCUCCAUGUGGGAAUGGAACGCAGCGAAGGGACAUCAUCUGUGUGGAGAAGAUGGGGACAGAUUUCAAAGUGGCACCGAUCAGCCAGUGUGCCCAGCUGGAAAAGCCUCCCUCGGUGCAGACGUGUGCGAUGGAAGCAUGUCAGCCUCAGUGGUUUACUACGGAGUGGAGCGCGUGCUCUCGUUCCUGUGGUAAGGGGCUACAGAUCAGAGAAGUACGGUGUCUCACACCUGACAAACAGCACAGCCCAGAAUGCUCCCCUACAGACAAACCUGACCAGGAGCAGCUCUGCAAUACCAUACCCUGCAGUCCACAGGUCGCAGAUGAGAACUGCAGGGACCUGCGUCAUAACUGUGUGAUGGUGGUUCAGGCCAGACUGUGUGUCUACUCCUACUACAAGACUGCCUGCUGCGCCUCAUGUACCCAGAGUGCUCAGCGGGCCAAGAGGCACUGACCAGCCAAUAACAGGCUUCCAGACGAGAUCAGCCAGGGGUCAGGGUUUAAGGGGUUAGAAGUCAAAGCGCAGGUUACCAUAGAAAUGAUCAGACCAUAGAAAUGGAGUUGAUAUAUUACCACAUGAAGUGGGGAUUGAAUUGUGUUCUGGGCCAGAUGUACAGCCGUUAUAGAAGGGAUAUUUUGGAAUGUGAGUUAAUUUGUUACUUACUACAUUUCUUACAUUUGAUGGGUUAUCUGCAUAUGCAAAAAAUGUGCCAAUGACAUUGUACAGAGCUCCAUAAUAUGGAACAUAACUGAUUUCUAUGUCCACUCUUUCUGUUUCUAUGGCUGAGAGAUGCUGUGGAUGAUGUAUGUACACCCAGGACCUGGGUCCAGAGCUCUGUCCCAGUAGCCAAACUUGCAUACUACUUAGUGUGAGGUGAAGUAUUGUCCAUGCAUACUAUGUAGUAUGCUAGUAUGGAUAGAUGGGACCCAGAAGGUAUAACCCAAUAGCAGUGUAAGUCUAUGAUGUAUGUUUUCUAUGUUUGUGUUCUAUAUGCCAAAAAACUAUUUGAAAUGUCUCCUCAGUGUUUAUACAGCAUCAUCAACAUUUGGUGAAAACAUACCAAAAUGUAAAAUGGUGGCCUAGUACAAGUGACCUGUUUUUAAAGGACAUUAGUGGAGAGAUGUCCAUAACCUGAGAACGCCCCCAAUCUGAAAACAAGCAGGGGUAGAAUGAAACGACUGUAUGGUCUAUUGGUGACUGUCCAGGUAUCCAACCUGUGCCCUCAUGACUGUUAGCCCACUGAGCUAAAGCCAAGGCAUUAACCUUGAAAGCUAAUACCAGUGUUCAGGCCUCAGCCAAGGUUACACCCAACCACCUCUGCUACAUACAGAAAAUAUACCACUACCUGAGACAUUUGUAUCAUCUGACCCAUCAAUAUGUUCAAGAAUGGUAGGUAUUGAAAUAACAUUGUAUUCAUUUAUGCAUUCAUUUUCAGAAAUGCAUUUGCCACAAUAUGCAAAGCUGUGUCUGAAAGGUUCAAUUCAGCUGUUUUUAUCUCCAUAUCAAAUCCUUUCUGGGUAACAAUGAAGUACCUUACUGUGACUGUUUUCAAUUCAAAUGGUCAAAAAGAAACUAAAUAACUUCUUAGCAAAGAGCAAUUUCUCAAGCAAGAAUUUUGCUAGGAAACUGAAAACUACUGUAGCUGUUAUUGGCAGAGAGGUUUGAAACUAUUUCUCUUUUUAGUCGCUUAACUAACUGGUGAUGUCACCAUGCAGACCAAAACGUCAUCCCACCAAAACAGGGAGAAAUUUCAAGCGGUCUUUUCAAACAGCUCUUACACUAAAAUGGCAUUAUCAUAAUUUUCACAAUUUCACAAUAUUAUUCCAAUACUGUGGAAGGAUAUAUAAAACACAGCAGAAUCACGUUUUUGAGUGCACUGGGCCUUUAACUUCCAAAGGAGCAAGUAACAUCUCCCUGACUAAUUUGUGUUUUUACUGAAAAUGUUUAAAAGGGUUCUUGGACUUGGACUUAAACAAAGCUCUUUUUAACGGACAUUGCCCCUAUGCCUUGACAUAGUUGUAACAUGUUACUUACUGUAUGUUACGUCUACAGCAUACAGACACACACACACACACACACACACACACACACACACACACACACACACACACACACACACACACACACACACACACUCCACAGGUGAAUGAUGUGUAUAUUUGUCAGGCAAUAUUAAAUUUGUAUGUCUAUAUUUCUGUGUGAACAUAUACUUAAUAUACAUAUCCAUAAAUAUAUCCUAUAUUGUGGUAUGAUUUGAAUUGUAGGCAUACUGUACAUGUUAACUGUAUGCAUAUAUUCAUAUAAAGUAUUCAUAUUUUUCAGUCAUCAUAUUAAGAAGAACAAAUUAUAUUUUGCUACCCUUAGAUGGUGUGUGUUGUGUGUGUGUUUGUCUUCCUGUCUCUGUGAAGUUGCCUAUUUGUGUUUAUUUGUGUGAGUACGCAGCCAUGGGUGUAUUGUUGUAUGAGUCUAUCUGUGAAUGUCAUUUUCAUGUUUUAAAUCGUUUUUAGUAGAAACAAAAAGUUUUAUAUUAAAAAAAUAUAAUUGUAAUUUAUUUUUUUUCUUAAGAGGACCUGUAGAAAAUUCCCCUUGUUGCUUCCGUGUCAGAGUUUAUGAUCAGAAGUUAUUGUGUAGAAGUAUAUGGAUUUUGUAUUAUUUUGAAAAAGGCAAAAGAGUGUGUGGAAAAUGCUAUCACAAACUUAAUCUGAAAUAAAAACUGAAACCAGAAAAUA